AUGGCACCCUCCCGCCUCCUCUGCCAGCUCCGCGCCAGCGGGCAGGGUACGGCCGGAAUCCGCGCUCAGGCGUCCCUGACCUGGGGUGGGGGCACGGUGCCAGCAGAGACACCCCCCGACCCGGCCUCGGGCUCCCCUGGCCCCUGCCGAAAGGGCCCCGAGCCAGCGGCCUCGGCAGAGGGGGGUCAAGCCCUGCAGGAAGGCUCAGGGACCUCGGCGGGGACCGUGACUCAUCCCGAGGGCUCCUGGCCGCAGGCAGGCACAGAGGACGGGACCGCGGUGCUCCCGGCACAUCUCGGCUGCCCAGCAUCGUUCUACCAGCCCAACCUGCGCCAUCUGCUCAGCAAGCACGCCCUGAGCCGGCACUGGGGACGCUUCCCAUGCCGGUGGACCCACGCCCGGGCAGGAGCCGGGGACAGGGACCCUCCGGGGCCUUUGGGGACCCGGGUCCUCCAGGCUGUGGGCCCACGGGUGCUUGCCCUUGCCCCCUUGCAGGCGGAGGAGGUCCAGCAGCAGAUUAUCCGAGAGGUUUUCCACCUGGUGCUGAAGCGGGAUGACCACAUCUGCAACUUUCUGGAGUGCGGCAGCCUGUUUGGUGGCUCCGACUACAAGCUGAUCUACCGCCACUACGCCACGCUGUACUUCGUCUUCUGCGUGGACUCCUCGGAGAGCGAGCUGGGCAUCCUGGACCUCAUCCAGGUGUUUGUGGAGACGCUGGACAAGUGCUUUGAGAACGUCUGUGAGCUGGACCUCAUCUUCCACAUGGACAAGGUUCACCACAUCUUGCAGGAGGUGGUGAUAGGCGGCAUGGUGCUGGAGACCAACAUGAACGAGAUCGUGGCGCAGGUGGAGGCCCAGAGCAAGCUGGAGAAGGCCGAGGUGAGUG